AUGGUACCUGAACCCUCUCUUGCGCCUUUGGACGCUUCAAAACUCGAGAUAAAGGCACAUGACACCCCAAAGCCCGUUCCAGAUGUCGAAAGCCCCGAAUUGGCGAGUCUGAAGGUCUCGACGGAUCGCAUGGUGGUGGCCACCUGGACCGCUCACCAAGGCUGGGCUAAUCCACAAGUGGUCCCCUACGGUCCAGUGCCCCUGAUGCCAUCUGCGAGCGCCCUGCAAUAUGCAACUCAAUGCUUUGAGGGCAUGAAGUUGUUUCGCGGUUACGACGGUCGCCUUCGCCUCUUCCGCCCUCUAUACAACUGUGAACGCAUGCUCAAAUCGGCAACUCGCAUUUCUCUACCUGGUUUCGACCCUAAAGAGCUCCUCAAGCUCAUCCACAAGCUGUGCGUUCUCGAGGCACCCAAAUGGCUUCCUAAAGACAAGCCUGGGUCGGCACUUUACCUCAGACCGACCAUGAUCGGAACGGAUUCGAGUUUGGGCUUCAAGGUCCCCGACGAGGCGGCGCUGUACAUCUUCAUGGUUUACUGGCCGCCUCCCAAGCCUGCCGCUCUCAAUGGAGGCGCUGCACCCGGCACUCGACUACUUGCUAGCAGUGAGUCAGCAGUUAGGGCAUGGCCCGGAGGCACUGGAGCUGCCAAGGUUGGAGGAAACUAUGGAUCCGCCCUUGUCGAGCACGCCCUUGCAAAGAAGCAAGGCUAUGAUCAAGUUCUCUGGCUCUACGGCCCCGACCGUCAAAUCACUGAGGCUGGCUCCACCAACAUCUUCGUCAUGUGGAAGGCGGCUUCUGGCACUGUCGAGAUGGUCACUUCCCCCCUGGACGAGAACAAUCUCAUUCUGGCGGGCAACACGAGACGCAGCAUCAUCGAGCUUAGCCGCGAGAUGUUUGCCCCUGGAAAAGCAGAGGAGGAGAUGGCGUGCGAGGUCUUUGAGAGAGUCAUCACUAUGGCUGAAGUGGAAAGUGCUGCUAAUGAGGGCCGGCUGAUUGGUGCGUUUGUGGUUGGCACCGCUUUCUGGAUACAAGAGGUCAGCGAGAUCAUGUACAAUGGCCAGGCUAUCAAUGUCGGUAUGGGGUCAGCAAGACAUGUUUUCUUGCUAAGGGAGCGGAUGUCGGACAUCAUGUAUGGCCGGGAAGAGAACAACUGGGCCGAUAUUGUAGAAGAGUCUUGA